AUGUCUCGAGAAGAAGAGGAAUUGCGCCAGAGAGCAAUUAAUUCGCAUUCAAGACAAUCGUCGGCUUCAAGAGGCUCCAAUGAGCAACAACAACCUUCCGCAAGCGGAACUUCGGUGCCAGUCAAUCCGGUUCCCGAACCAAAGAAGAGCUCAGGCCAACAACAACAAAACCUCGCAAACAUCUUGGCGAACUUCUUCGCUUCUCCUCAAGGAAGAGCAAUUUUGGGAGCUGCGCAAGCUCAAACUGUGGAAGGAGAAGGAGAAUACGACGAAGUUUUCGAGGAGGAAGAGGAUUAUGACGAGCCAGAUCGUGAAGAAGACCAAGAAGAAGCAGGAAGUGCGAGAGAGACCAAAGAUGAUGAAGCGGCGGCAAAACCAUUUCUUGUCGAAACAUAUGACAUCAGAAGGAAAGGAUUUGGCAAGCAGAUCAGGUUCAACAACACCAUCACAAAGAAAAUGGUGAAACUGAUGGCAGAGUUUCCAGAAACUCAGGAGAGAAUGGAAGAGAUUCUCAAGGAGCUUCAAUCGCGCUCAAUGCUUCUGAAAUUCUCCGAAGAUUGUCCGACACUGAUGGAGCUGGUUGACGCCAAACAAGAAGUCGAUCAAGUGAGAGGUAUUGAUCCACUCCUCGCCGAUUGCCUGGUCAUGGCUAGAAAAGAAGAAGCAAAAGUGAAAAGGCAGCAAGCAUCGAUUCAACGGCCCUUUCCGAAAAGGGAUGGAAAUCGAGGCAGAUAUCCAUCCCGUAACUCAGACAGGCCAUCCAGCGCGAACCGACCGUCAUCAAGCCAAUCAGGUCCAUAUGCACGACCUCCACCACCACAAACAUACCCAAGAAACUGGUCAAGCUCCUCAAAGCCAAGCUACAGAAAGUAUUGAGUUUCUCGCAGGUAAGCCGCACUCAAAAUGGGAAAUCUGGAACUCUAUUCCGAUUUCCGCGCUCGUUGCCCAAACCAUACAGUCCGGUUAUGAGAUCGAAACAACAGAAAUUCCAGACCUCUCAUUCUCCGAAAGAAAUCGCUCUUCCACACAAGCUCAUCAAACAUUUGUCAACCAAGAAAUCGCAAGUCUUCAAAGAUCAGGCGCCAUCAUCGAAUCCACCGAAGCCUUGCGUCUCAACCCGUUGCACGUUGUAGACAACGGUAAGAAAGAAAGGCUUAUACUGGAUCUGUCCAGUCUAAACGAGAUCGUAGUACGAGAACAUUUUCGAUUUGAGGAUUGGAGUUUAGCCAAAUUAGUGAUACCGAAAGGGGCCUUUUUCACAACUUUUGAUUUUAAAAGCGGCUAUCACCACAUCCUCGUGAGCGAAAAGUCCUCGUUACUGUUAGGUUUUCAAUGGAAUGGAAAGAAAUACAAGUUUUGCGCUCUUCCUUUCGGUUUAUCUUCCGCUCCAUACAUUUUCACCAAGCUUUUACGACCCUGGGUCAAAAAAUGGAGGGAAUUAGGAUUAGGUAUAAUCCUUUAUCUAGACGACGGACUGAUUUGGGACACUCAGCAGAAAAAUGUAAAGAGACCAGUGAUCUUAUCAAAGCCGAUCUGAUAAGCGCGGGUUUCACGUUCGCGGAAGAAAAAUGCGAUUGGGUCCCGAAACAAUCCGCGACGUGGUUAGGUCUCAAAGUAAACUCAGAAAAUCUAUCUCUAGAAUUUUCCGAAGAUAGAAGAGCCAGAGCAAUUCAAAAAAUUGAGAAUCUUCUGACCAUAUCCAGACCAUCCAUCAAAGAAAGAAUGAUUUUUACAGGUCUUCGAGCGUCAAGUUCACACGUGGUAAGCAACUCGGUCAUGAAAAAGUCGAAAAGGAUCGAAGCGACGGUAGCGCUGGCCGACCACCUCUAUACUCGUUUUGCAUGGUCACCGGAAGAAAGACGAGAAGCACAAGGUUGGUUAGAUAUGCUCAAGUUCCACCCGCCAAUAAACUUCUUCGAAGAUUCAGAAGAUGCGGGACCUUGCGAUUACGUUCUGGAAACGGACGCUUCAGAAUAUCUAACAGGGGCACUUCUAAAAUCCCAAGAUUCUGAAAUGGUUUCGAGUAGGCCCCUUCCAAAAAACCUCAAAGGAGAAUCAAGCUGCCGGAGAGAACUAGAAGCGAUUUUAGCAGGCUUGCGCGACUUAGUGCAACCUAACGUAAAUUCACUUUUGAUUAGAAACGACAACCAAGCAGCGAUUAGGAUUUUGCAAGGCGGCUCCUUGAAAAAAAGAGCUCCAGGACGCGGCGCUAGAGAUUUGGGAAUUUUUAGAAUCCAGGGAAAUACGACAUGAGUUUGAAUGGGUCCCAAGGGAACUGAAUAAAGACGCCGAUUUAGCAAGUAGAUCUCCAGAUCCGGACGGAUGGGCAAUUAAGACGAGCACCGCUAGAACAGUCCAAAAAUCGUUAGGAUUCUGCGACAUAGAUUUAUUCGCAACUCGCGAAAAUCGAAAAUGCGAACAAUUUGUUUCCAGGUUUGGAGAGGACGGCGCAAUCGGAGAGAACGGGCUGGCGGCUCCAAGAAGAAUUUGGAAAACAAGCAAAAUGUGGUUAGUUCCGCCAAUUCGCCUGAUUUUACCCACUAUCAAAAAGAUGGAAAAGUUCAAAGCAACCGGGAUUUUGGGGGCUCCCAUGUGGCCAAGUCAGCUUUACUUAGGGAAGCUCAAAGAUAAGAACGGGUGGAGAAACGAAGUCAGGAAAGGAAUUCGUUUUCCCAAAGGAGCGAGCAUCAUAGUUCCGGGCGGAGUCGGUGCAGCUUUCAAUAGCGAAUUCCUGAAAUCUGAUUUUGUUUUUCUGCUUCUAGAUUUUAGAGAAACAAAAGAACCAAAAGGUUUCUUGCCGUCAGCAAGAAACCCUUGACAAUUUCGAAGUCGUAUUAUACUAAUGUAAUUAUGUUUUAUUAAUUGUCUCCAGAACAAAUAAAGCCUGUUAUCCCUAGUAGAAGCGUUCGAAGACUAAAUGUGUUUUUGUCGAAGGAACGUAGACAAAAAUGACACAUUUAGUCGAAGAAUGCGUUUAGACGCAGGGAUAACAGGCGUUGUUUGUGUAUUACAACGAAACACACAUUUCAAACAAUUGCUACAGUAGUUUUCGCGGGUUGUUUGGGAAGAUUUAGGAGAAAUCCCCGCUUUUCUUUCAUUUUCGGCUGUUUGUUUAGGAGACAACAGCGCUUUUUGCGUUUAUUUCGAAGUUUAUCGAUCAGCCCUCCCCCCUCCUCCUUUUUGCAAACCAAAAAGCAAAACUCGAUUUUCAGAUCCCAGAUUCGAGAAAAUCAAAGCGGUUUUCAACGGAGACGAAACGCGGAGACUCGACUUAUGGCAGAAUGUGAUCGAAUGUCUUGAAAAAGACAGAGCACCAGCCACAAUCAAAAUAUACGAAAACACAAUUCGGUCAUAUAUUCGAUGGAAGAAACAAGUGGUGACUCGAGGAAAUCUGGGUGAAGACGAAACCCGGUUGCUCUACCUGGCGGAACUCAUCAAGAACGAGAAGUCAAAAGCAGCAAUCGCCGCAAAUUGCGCCCUCAACUACUUCCUGGGUCCGGUGUCAAAACCAAACCGUUCGAUGAUGAAUUCGGUUAUAGAAGCUGCCAAGCAAUCGAAAAGUCCCACAAAACAUCGCGAGAAAGUGGAACCCGAAGAUUAUUCCAUCUUCACCAACAUCCAAGAAUACGAUCGAGAUUCACUUCGAGUCGCAGCGCUUGGCAUCAUUCUGUUCAGAGGGUUUUUGAGAAUCGGAGAAGCUCUGAAUUUGAGGAAAAGACGAUGCGGAAUGGGAGCGCGGAGAAUUGAAAAUUUCAAUUAGAAGUUCCAAAACCGACAAAUACCACGAAGGGAGCCAAAGAUUGCUGGUUCUCUCACAAGAAGAACAAGCGAUUUGGCGAGCUCACUCAAGAAACAUCGACAACACUCAAAAUCCCCACAUUUUUCAAACCUGGAAUUCGAAGACAGCCCCGAUGACAUAUAACAAUGCAAGGAAAGUUAUAAAUGAUCGAUGGAAAAAGUGCGGAAAGUUCAAGAACUAUGGAACCCACAGUUUUCGCGGAGGAGCGGCUUCGGCGGCGAUAAACGAAGGAGUAGCGGCGGAAAAAGUCCUCAGCUUCGGAAGAUGGAGGACCGAAAAAGCCUUCCGGGCAUAUGUGAAACCAACCACACGAAUCGUGAUUCCAAGAACAACUCCAGCGCAAUCCAAUCAACCGUAAGUAUUUAAGAAUCGCAAAGAAGACUCGGCUAAUUAGCCAAAAAUUGUUUUUAAUCUUAACAUAUUUUUUCAGCUCCACCUCUUCCACCAAUUGUUAA